AUGGUCAAGAUCGCCUUGUUAACCGGUCUGCUCAGCGCUGUCCCAGCGUUUGCGCUCAACACACCCCAUCUCGCUACCAGACAUGAAGAUGAUAGCGAAAUCUUUGCUGGAUCUGUUUCCAUCCACAACAACUGUACUCACCACGUCUAUGUCACUGAGAAGGGUUCUAAAAAGAAGCCCAGUAUCCUGGUGCCCCGGGCGAAUAUGGUCGCGAGGCUCCAACGUCCCAAGGCCAGUAACGUCUUUACUUAUCAGAUUUCCACCACUCCUAUGAAUGAUAAGAAGAACCCCCCAGAGCACUGGUUGGAGAUGGUGUACCGCUACAAUGUGGAGGGCGCCAUUGCAGAAGGCAUUAUCCAGAUGUACCCCGUCUUGGGCGCCCCCAACUACACGAUUGCUGUCUCGGCGGGAGGUUCAGCUUCAGCACCUGGUUCGGCGGCAGCAGCGGCGGCUGCUGGAGGCGAAUGGGCUUCAGUGGGUGCUAAGGCUGGAGACGAGGGUGGUUCUGCGGCCCUGAGCCUCCACGCCGCACUCUGUCCUUUGUACGGUGUUUCCCCAGAACUUAACAGCAAUCUUCAGCCAGAAUCUGCAGCUGAAACCAUGAGUACCAUGGAGCUUGGACAGACAUCCAGUGAUCUCAACGUCACUCGUAACUCGUUUGAGAAAUUUGAAAACUAG